ACGACUAAGGUCACAGUUGAUUUACUAUUUUCGAGGGCUCGCUACAAUUUUUACCUCCAAUUUGGAUUACUGUUCUGUGUUUAUUAUUUAAAACUUGAAAAGUCGUCAAAAGUGACUAGAAUAAAGAGAAAAAUGAAUUUACUGGUGUCGUUUAUCAGUUUGGUGUAUUUUGUGACGGUGGUGCAGAGCUUCGACCUCGGUCCUCUGCUCAGGAUAGCGCACUGCAGGAUCCAGUGCAUCAAGGAGCACAGCAUAGAUGGUACUUGCGAUUGGUACUCUAAUCGCAGCGAAACACUCUGCAGCGAAUGCUGGCAAAACUGCGAAACCCUUGAGACACAGUGGGAUACCACGAAAUUCAUUUGCGAAGGAGAGGAGUAUCUUCGUUGCCCAGCAUGCCAGACAGCGUGCAACUACCGUAAAACCCGAACAGAAGAAGAGUACUUACCAUCAAGCCUCCCAGCGCCGUCUCGCGGACCAGUCCGAGCUAGUGCCAAUGAAGUCGCCAUCUUCCUGCGGCAAGUGGGUCCCCCUAGCGUCAACGGCGGCUGGAAAGAGUCCGGCUUCUUCUCAGGAAACCGAGUUCCCUCUCUCCGCCAAGACACCUGGCUGAUCGUCGUCUCCGAGGAGACCAUCAGGCACUACAGCUGGCAAGAGUGGAUCCCCACCCUGGAGUCCCUCAAGGAAGGUCCCUUUGUCGAGGCCAGCCUCUCCUGGUUCGACGUCAACGAGCAGCUCCGCAAGCAGCGAGACGUAGAGCAGAAGCGCUUCAACGACCGAGUUAGGCAGUUUUAUUUGGAGAAAUAUGGCGAGAAGGUCCUGGUGGAGUGGCGCUCCAGUCAGGACACUCCGAUCCCGGAGAAGGUCUUCCGCAGGUUCUUCUUCAGGAGGCGCUCUGACGAAAACACCCAGCCGCCUUUUCUGGAGCACCAGGUCCGUCAGAGCCCUCUGGAGAAUUAUAAUCGAGAUGAUGAUGAUGAUGAUGAUGAUAAUCAAGAGACCUAUGUUGUCUCCUGGAUGCCAGAAACUGGAGGCCUGAUGGGCAACCAGGUCGUUGAUACCAAGUUCGCCCAGAUUUCUCUCCUCCCAGGGACCAAGUAUCUCGUCAGAAUUGCCUCCAAUGACGGCCCGGGAAGCUUCCCCAUUGAAAUAGACACCAGGUCCAGCUCCGUCGAUGUCUGGAAGGUAAAAAAAAAAAAUGAUGAGGAUUUACUACCCUGGGCGUUUCUCGCAGCCAUUGUUGCGGCGCUGGCCAUCAUUGUUGUCAUUGCCGGUGUGACAAUCUUCAGACUGUCAAGGACGCCCAAAGUUGUUCCUGAUGAAGAGAUUGUCUGAAGAAAUUUUAAAUAAAUUUUCUCAGGGAGAUUUAUACUUGUACAGUUUAUUAUUGUAAAUAGUUGAGGAGGUUAUGUAUGUAUUUGCUCAAUCAAGAGACAAAGACUGGCUGUUUUAAUAGCUAAGAGUUCCUGUAUUUAUUUGUAAAUAAUUAACCAAAUAUCUUUAUGUAAUUGUAAAUAUUGACAAUGUAA